CCCCCCCCCCCCCUCCUUCUCGGUAGACGACCGCUGCGACGUUCGUGCUCGUGCAGCGCCCACCAGCUUAACCACAUCCUCGAUCCUGUCUCCUUCUCUACGGUCGCUAUUUGCACACUCUCAGCACAUACCCAUGUCGGGGAUACAUACCGGGGGGCGUACCGGGGCUCAAUCGUCGUUUGUCUUCCCCGGUUUCGACACCAUGGCCGAGACCAUGGAGCUGCCAUCAUCCUCUCAUCAUCACCACCACCACCAUCACCAUCAUAAUAAUCCGAUGAUGAUGAUGAAUCCCUCCGCCUCACGCUUUCACCACUCCUCCCAGUUGUCCGACGACUUCUCGCUCGACUCGCCUGGCAGCCCGCCCGAUUUCUCCUCACACGACCAGAGCAAUGAUACCUCGGAUGGGCUGUUGCCUGACCCGCUGUUUCCAGAGUGGAAUAAGGAUGCCUCGCCCGCCGCGGAUACCAACAAUCCCGACGAGAUGCAGAAGAAGGAUCCCUUGGCCACGCAGAUCUGGAAGCUCUAUUCGCGCACUAAAUCCCAGCUCCCUAAUCAAGAGCGCAUGGAGAACUUGACCUGGCGCAUGAUGGCCAUGAGUCUAAGACGUAAGGAGCGCGAACGCGCCCUGCAAACCCACAGCCAGACAGUCAGAAAAGACAGCUCAGCGCCCAGUGGCAUCGCCCAGCUGCACAGACCUGACCAGGCCACACACUCCCCCUUCUCCAACACCACCACCACCAUCUCAACUGCCCCCGCCACUGCCCCCACCGUUGCCGCCACCGCCGCUGCUCCUUCUGAUGCGAUGAACCUCGACGACUUCAUCCAUCCGAUCGAGUCGCCUGCGGACAUGACCAUGUCCCCGCCCUCCGAGCGGAUUCCGGCUUCCGCCUCCGCCGUCACCUCCGCCAUCCCCAUCAAAGGUCGUAAGGACCAGGUGGUCGAGUCGUCACAUGUGCCCGCUUCCUUCCCCAACCCUCCGCAGGACCAACGCAAGAACAACGAGUUCGGUUACGUCCAACGCCGGGUCCGCAAGACGAGCAUCGAUGAUCGUACCUUCUACGGCAACCUGGUCCCAACUCGCAAGCGCCCGGCCGAGUCUUCGCCCCAGGUGCCGCCCGUCUCCAACAACACGAUGCUCGCCAGCGACCUGGAUCUGGCAUCAGGCGUGCCCGACUAUACCCUGGACCAGUCGUCUACCUUUGCCCUCCAUAACAACCACCCCCCAUCCUCCUCCUCCGCCGCCGCCGCCGCCGCCGCCCAUGCGCCCCUGGGUUUGGACACCUUCGGGCUGAACGACGACCCCAUCCUCACUUCCGCCGGCCCUUACCAGCAGAACUUCACCUUCUCGCCCACCGAAUCCCCACUGACCACUGGCAACCCCUUUGCCAACCUGUACGCCCAGACACCCCUCGGCACCUCGUUGAAUUCCACCGACUUCUUCUCGCCCCCGCCCUCGGGCUACCAGUCCACCGCCUCCACCCCACAGCCCGUGUAUGAGAAUGAGCAUUCCAUCUACUUUGACCAGCCUUCUUCGGUCGAUACACGGGCCCAACGCCGCAUUCCCAACUACGUCACUCACCGCACCUCCAACCUUUCCGCCUCCCUGCAGCCCCGGUAUAUGUUUAACACCGCCGGCACUGAGCAGCAGCAACAUCCUUUCGGCAGUGGCGGCGGCGGCGGCGGCGGCGGCAUGAGUGGUCCCUCCUCGACCAUCCACUCACCCAACUUCUCCAUGCCGCAGCCCCAGCAUGUCGACCCUUCCCAGGUGCUCGGUCACUCCGACUUCAUCUCCACCUCCUCCACCGCGGCCGCGGGGAUCUCCCAGGCUGGCCUCGCCCUGGGUGGCGGGGACCAGAGUAUGUUCACCUUUGGUGCCGAUUCGGAUAACGAGGACGACGAGGUCCAGCCGUUCCCUGACCGAGGUCUUGCCUUCUCCCAUGACUACCAGUCGAUCGACGACGGGGCCAGCGACCCCAACUCCGGUCUGCCAUGGGACACGGCCUUCUCCAGCCCCUUUGGCAGCUCUGUCCCCAACUAUCCGACUCAGCACCGGAAGCAUGUCACCAUCGGUUCCACCGACAUGAUGGACACCUCGCGUGACUGGAACCACCACCACACCGGCAGUCUGGGUCGUACUCACGGCUCCGCGGCCUCGGUCAGCGAGGUGCGCAACCGCGAGCAGGAUCCUCGCCGUCAGAAGAUUGCCCGCACCACGUCGACCCCCAACACCAACGCCCUGCUGCGCCAGACCAUGAACAACUCCAAUCAGUCCCACACCUCACCCAACACGCCCCCGGAGUCCGGCCUGAGCAGCGCCGUGCCGUCCCGACCGGGAAGCCCCGGCGGCUCCAAGAACGGCGAGGCCAACAACGGCCCGACAACGUGCACCAACUGCUUCACCCAGACCACCCCGCUGUGGCGUCGCAACCCGGAGGGUCAGCCGCUGUGCAACGCCUGCGGUCUCUUCCUGAAACUGCACGGCGUGGUGCGUCCCCUGUCCCUCAAGACCGACGUCAUCAAGAAGCGCAACCGCAGCAGCGCCAACAGCCUGGCCGUCGGCAUCUCCUCGCGCUCCUCCAAGAAGUCGGCCGUCCGCAAGAACUCCACCGUGCAGCAGACCCCGGCCACCACGCCCACCUCCAGCCGCGCCCUCAGCGGGUCCACUUCCGAGUCCCCGCCCUCCAUGCCCGGCUCCGGAUCGUCUACCGCCGGGAGCACCCCGGGAGCCUUUCCGGGCCUGGCGAAGAACGGUGUCAUUCCCAUCGCCGCCGCUCCUCCCAAGUUGACCCCCACCUCCGCCGUUCAACAAGCUCGUGGCGCGGUGCAGGUUGCGCCCAAACGCCAGCGACGCUUGGAGAAAGCCGCCUCGGGCGCGGACGCCGCCGACUCUGCCGAUGACUCUGGCAGACCCUCUACCGCGCGAUCAAAGGUCGUACCUCUAGCCCCUGCCAUGCCGGCCGCCGCCAACCCUGCAAACCACAGUAUCGCGGGUGGCCAGGGAGCCAGUCAGGAAUGGGAAUGGUUGACUAUGAGUCUCUAAAUCCCUCUCAAAUCUCCUCCACCUUUUUUUUUUUUUUUCCCUCGCCCUUUCUCCCUCUUAAUGGUUUUUCUUUUCGUUCCCCCCCCGCCCCCCUUGGCCCGCUACGAUUCGUAUAGACCUG